AUGUCCACGCCGAGCGACCACAAGCUUUCCCCUCAGGAUUCGUCGCAGCAGCUGAACUACAUCGAGGGUAGUUCUCACAAAGUCUUGGGCUUCCAGAACGCCAACUCGCGGCGGUAUGCUGUCCAUGAUGAGCAUGGACACGCGAGCGGCACCGAGUGGGAGUGGUGGAGCCGUGAGAAUCGAAAAGGCCGGCAUAUUCUCCUCCUGAACCACAAUCAAGCGCCCUCGCGCACCGCGCGCACUACCCGCUUCCUCCGAGCGUUUGCGCGUAUGCUCACCGUCAUAGCCUGGUGGGAUGUGUCGUGGUGGAUUGGCGUCACCUUUUCCCUCGGCUCCAUGUGCUCCAUCACGGCUGGCGUUCUCCAAUGGCUCCCUAUCGCAUACAAAGACAUGACACUUGCCGCCGACCCCACCAUUAUCAGCGGCGCGUUAUCUUUCAUACGUGGGAUGUUGUUCCUGCUAGGCGGCAUGCUUCUUGUGGUCGAAGCGGUCAACGCAAAUCAAAGCGAUUGUUUCGGCUGGGCACUCAAGGAAGCCAUGAAGUCCGAUAGCGAGAACAUUGAACUCGCUUCUGUGGACGAGGAGAAGGGCACUGGGAGCACCUCCGGCUUCCAGCCCGACCGUCGAAAUUGCACACAUAUCCACAAUCCCGACCGCAUGAAACACCAGAUAAUGAACACCAAGACAUUCAAAGUCGAGGCUCGCCCUACCCCUGGACCCGAGCAGGCCUGGAAAUGGUGGCCAACGUGGCAGGAUGUUCGCAUACACUACCGUCGAGAAAUCGGCUUCAAUGCGAAUCUCAUUCUCUUUGUUGGUACAGUCGUUUACUGGAUCACCAACCUCCUUACCCUACCGGGCAUAUAUGACAUCCUCCCCCAAGGCGUGCUCUACGGACUAUACUACCCCUCCUUCCUCCUAGGAGCCUUUUGCUUCUUCGUCGCAUCUAUACUAUACAUACUUGAGGUCCAGCGUCAGUGGUGGAAGCCCGCCUUCAAGAUGGUAGGGUGGUGGGUAGGGACGACAAAUCUGGUGGGCAGCGUAGGCUGGUUAUGGAGUGCUUGUUUAGGAUAUUGUAGUGCAAGUUGGUGCGAGUAUCAGAGUGCACUGGCUCUGGUCUGGGCGCCCGCGGUUUAUCUCAUGGGCAGUUUGUUGCUAGUCUACGAGGCCGUGGAGAAGUGGCCGAUUCAUAUCGAUGGAUAG